AUGGCGAAGGGCGGGCUCCACUCCGUUGGGGACGAGUCAGAGAAAGGAUGGAGCCCCCGACGCCGGGUGCGACGGGUCAGGACGGGACCUGCCACCUUCACUGGGGGUGUCUCAGACGCGGCCACGCAAACCCUGGACGCACGAAGCCGGGAGGCUCCACGCUUCCCACGUUCUCCGGGCUCCGGCCCUCCCCGGGGCUGUGCAGCUGCCGUCUCCCGCCGGGCGCCCGGGCCAGAGAGGCGUCCUGACGGCGGGGCUCGCGGGAGCUGCCACCCUCCUCCCCACGCGCCACGCGUCCUCCCACCGCGGGUCUCCGCGCGCCUCUCCAGGGUCGGGCGCCUCUGCCCUCCCUGUCCCGGGCUGGGCUGCCAGAGUCCUCUUCGGCCGCGGCUGCCUCCCGGAGCACAAGGGCAGGAAGGCGCUGCCUCCGCGCCGGUCAGGUGCGCACGAAGGCGAGCGCGUCUGCAAAGCCAGUUCCCGGGCAGACGGCGAGGGCGCGCGCCCGAGCGCCGGGUCAGCCCAGACAGGGGUCAGCGCCUGCCUUCGGGGCCUUCCUGUGCCUCGGAGGUCGGGAGGACGGACCCCGGAGGGACCCGCGAGUCAGGCUGCGGCCUGGCCCUGCGACUGCCCGGGUGCGCGUCCCGGGCCCGCCGCGGUGACCUCGCCGGCCUGCAUGCGACAACCGGCGCGGGCGGACGGAAUCCUCCUGACGCCGUCGCGAGGGGCGAGGUGACCGGCGGCACGUGCCGAGGACAACGCGUGGUGCGGGGCGAACACCCGCGUCAGUCCGACCCGCACGGCCCUCGCGCUCUUUCCGACGGGCUGGGCUGUCCUGGGAGCCGCUCGGAGCCCCGGAGGCCGAAGGGCUUCUCGAAGCUUCCGGGGAAACCAGGAAGUGCUGGGCGACAACGGGCGGAGGGGGAACCCGCUCAGGCUCCGGGACCCCCGCGCCUGCUCGCCGAGGCCCGAGUGUCGAGCGCAGGGGCGCCCACGCCUUCCCCCGCGACGCCGCGGAACAGGCAGCCCUCCGCGCCCCGCCCCCCCCCCCCCCCCCCCCGUCGGAGCCGACCGCGCGCCCCUGGCAACGCGGCUGGUGGGGGCAGCGCGGGCCGCGGGAGCGCGACCGCCCGCAGGACGCCGAGCCGGGGACGCCCCGCCGGCUGGUUCAGCGCCGCGGCCGGAAGGCCGAAGUCCCGGCCGGGAGCCUCCGGGCCGCGCGCCGCCCCUCCCCGCACUCCCCCGCCGCAGGCCGCGGGGCCGAGCGACCCCCUCCCCGACACCCCCGCGGCCCGAGAGCGACGCGGCUGGCGGCGCUACCGGCCCCGGCCUCGAGCUUCCCCCGCGACCGCCUUCCGGCCCCGCCCCCGACGCCGCACGCGGCUGCGCGCGGAGCAUUGUGGGCCGCGCGGCCGACGCAGGCCUGUCCGGGCCCGGCCCGGGACCGCGCUUCCCGCCCGGAGCGCACCCGCCGGCGCGCAGCCGCGGCCCAACUUCGGGCUCCGCGGGGCCGUGCGUGAGCGCCCGGAACUGCGGACGCGCGUGCCCCGGGCCUGCGGUCGGCCCCGCGCCUCCGAGCGAACCACCCGCGUCCCUGAACCGCCGCCUCCGCGCGCGAAACCGCGGAACCAGCGUCCGCUUCGCGGCGCGGCUGCGGCCGGGGCAAGCCGGGUUCCGUCCCAGCGGGGCCGCGCCCGGCGGCAGAGCCUCUCGUGCGUCUGUUUCCCCGCAGAAGGGGCGUCGCUGGACUGGAGGGGCCCGCGGGGCUCGGAGGAGACGCCCUGCGCGACGGUGCGCGCGGCCCUGUGGACCGACGGUGCCGCAGGACCGGGAAGCACGGGCUGCAGCAGGAAGUUAGACGACACUUCCGACGGCUGCGCGCUUGUCCUGCCCCCCAGCCGCCCCUCUAGCGAGCCUUUCCCUAGGGACGAGGCGGGAAGUGAGAAAGGGCAGAGAAGGCGGAUGCCGCAGUGCUCACCUCAGGUGCCCGCCGCCAGCUCACUCUCCCUUGCCCCUGUCACUGCCCUCCUCCCAUUCUGCCGCUGCCCCUGCGGAGUGUCGGGACCCCCGGCCGGGGAUUCCCCUCCCAGCGGCGAGCCUUGUGGCUGGCCGCGUCCCGGGACGGCACGGGCGCACCGCACGUCUGUCUCGGAACAUUCCUCUGGGGAGGCUCUCGAGAAACUGCAGGAGAAGGAGUCUAGUAGGUCCCAGAUUGCAUUGGUCCGUGGACGCUCGCGGGGUCUGGUGCGCAGGGCCGCGGCGCGGGGGGGGGGGGGGGGGUCUGCGGGCGCGCGCCGGGCUCGGGGGUUAGCGAGGACCCAGGUGGGCGCCGACGCCAGGCCUCCCCCGCACCACCCCACCCGCGCCCCCGCACCCAGCAACGGCUCGGAGGAGAAAGCUGCGAGAACUGUCCCGGAGGCAGACGUGAUUUUUAGGGUGUGUGAGGGGAAGAGGCCAUCGAGUGGCCUGACUCUAGGUGGAAGGGGCUCGGCUCCAGCCUCUGCCCCGCACCCACGUCCUCCAAGACGCACUCAUUCCGAACUCCGUGCGCGGGGAAGCCGCUCCCGACCGCCGCACUCACCGGCCCGCAGAGUCGCCGUCCCGCACCGGGAGACAAGGAGCGCCGCCCGCCGGCUUCGGGUCUCGGGGCCGCGUCCUCGGGCGCCAAGAGCGGCGUCCGCGGGAGGACCGGGGCCGGGGCGGCACCCGUGGGCGACGGACCCGUCCCGAGCCAGGGAGGGGGCCGGGGAGGAGAGGACAGUUCCAGGGCGGAAGGAAGGGGAGGGCGGGAGCCCGCACGCAAGGAAAACGGAGAAACAAAUAGGAAAUGAGGGGAGGAAGGCGGGAGGAAGAGAGGAGCCCGGGACGCGGGAGGUCACGGCCCGGGCACUACCGCUGUCCGCCAGCAGGGGGCGCCCCUCCGAUCCGCGCCUCCCCCGGCGGCCGCGAUGCCUCGCGCCGCCCGCAGCGGCCCCCGCUCGGGAUGGGCGCCCCCUGCUGGCGGCCGCGCGGUGCUCGGGGCCCGGGGAGCGGGUGCGGGGAGCGGGUGCGGGGACAGCGAGCGGGGUGAACGGGCGGAGGGUCCGGCCGUCCCGGCAGCCGCGACCGGUCUGCUCGCCUGCGGCCGCGGCUCCGUCCCCGCACCCGCUCCUGAGGGCCCCCGCCGCCGCGCUGCUGCCCUGGCCCGGGCCUGUAGACGAGCCGCCCUCGGCGCACGGCGGUCCGGCCGGUCCCUGCCGCAGCAGCCGGGAGGGAGCCGGCCGCGGGCGGCAUCGGGGCCUAGAGCGCGGCCAUCUGGAGCCUCGGCCGCGGGCGGCGUCGGGGGGGGCGGGGGACGGGCCUGUGGCGCGCGGGCGGAAGCGGGGACGCGGGCGUGUGUGCGGGGAGGCCGGGGCCGGCCCGGGGGCCGCGGAGGUCCGCCGGGUCAAGCCGCCGGAUCUCGGCGCGGGGGCGGCGCGCAGUGCGGGAAGCGCGGGCGCCGACGGGGCGACUCCCCCCGCCUCCCGGGACGCGCCGUGGAGGGCCGUGGGGGCCGCCGGGCCGCGGUCGCACGGGUUCUCAGUCCCCGUCCUCGGGCCUCGGCCGUCCCCCUUGAGCGAGCCGUCCCCUCCCGCGGGGGCUCCCGGCGCCACGACAGCGCACGGCCGGCGGGGCGGGCGCUGA